CCUGCGUCCCCCGCUGCCAUUUCAAUCCGCAGAGGACAUUGCAUCAUCUAAUGGCGGCAUCGAUUUGCCGGAAAAUAAUUCGAAAUUGCGUGGCAUUAAGAGAGGUGCCGGCCUCGGCGAUGGAAACUCGUCUGCAUUAGCCUUCCGAGAUAAAAAGAAAAAGACUCCUCUUCUUCCGACGGAAGGGAAUUUUGACGCCCUAAUCAAGGAAAACAACACUUCGACCGAAGCCUCAGUUGAUUCUGCGGACUGCGAGAUGCGUGACGUGAACUCUUCCGCUCAGCAUACGGCCUCUAUCUCUCCCUCUUCCGCCUCCGCAACGGCUAACCCGCCUACCAGUUCUUCUUCUUCUUCUCCUUCGGUCGCCGGCCUUCCUCCUCCUUCUGCUUCCUCCUCCUCCUCAACCCCUCCCGCAGCAGCUACCCAGACCAAAUCUCCACCUGAAAAAUACUCUAGUGUUGACUCUCCUCCCUACAUCGUUCAUAUUAAAGACACCAACUCUCCACCUCUGCACCCCAUUCACAUCAGUAGGAUUGUUACUUCCUAUUUCCCGAAAGGUAUGGGUGAAGUUUCCCGCAUAGGCAAAGGCCAGGUGGCCAUCAUGAUGGACUCCGUCGCCGAUGCUAACAAAAUCGCUCUUAAGGGCUGGUACCAUUCGCGGCAUCCCUUUGGACGUGGACCUUCUCUCCAUCAAAGAAAAUAUUAAUAAGUCUCCGGUUAAAAUUAGGGAAGUAUCGAGACUCAACAGGAGAGUCAAGGUUGACGGGGAAUAUAAAUAUGAGCCCUCCCGCACCAUUUUAAUUAAGUUUUCUGGUCAGAACCUCCCCAACUCAAUACUUUUAUUUAAUAUUAGAUAUUCUGUCUUCCCUUAUAUCCCUAAGACAAAGAUCUGCUUUUCUUGUUUUCGAGUAGGACACGUCAGUCGCUCCUGUAAAGGAAAGGCCAGGUGCAUUCAUUGUGGCGAGGAUAAGCAUCAGGGUGAUGCGUGCCCUGAACGCGAAGGAACCCCGUGCUGCAUCAAUUGCAGGGGGGAUCAUCUCCCGACGUCUCACCAAUGUCCGGUGGUGGUACAGUUCAAAAAGGUGCAGGCCCUUGCGGCCACUCAAAACAUCUCAAUGGCAGAGGCUAGGAGGAGCUUGCCGUCCUCCUCCCCGUCAUCGUCUUUUCCUUCGGGGAUCUCC